AUGGAGUUAGAAAAAAUAGCACGAGAUCAAAUAUCAUCCUACAAAAAUAUGGAGGAAUAUCUCAAGUGGAUAACUAAUACUAUUUGUGAAAUACAUGGGCCUUCGUGUGGUGGAUCUCUCUUACAUGAAGUUUCAUCAGGAAUUUAUAUCAUUGACGAAAAGAAAGUCAAUAAUUUCUGCGAAAGUCACUUUAGUUAUUUCGAUAAAGAACCUAAAGAAAAGAUUACAGCAGAACUCAAAAGCUUAUUCGAUACGGAAAGAUCUCAAUCAACAUAUAAAUAUAUAGACAUUAAAUGUGGUACGGGCAAUGUAGACAAUCCAAUCACUGGAGGAUAUUUUUACUUUUGUUCUAGUGCUGAUAAUGCUGAUAAUGGAGGAAAGCGUACAAUUUUCAUAGGAUUAGCUCAACUUACAAAGUUACCUGCACCUAAUCAUUAUUUUUUGAAAGAUUAUUAUGAAGGAAAUCAUGAUCGUGUUGAAAAGCAUUAA